AUGAACUACAUUCAUCUCAUUCAUCCCACCACCCUUCCUUCACCAUGUGCUGUUCCAAGAAGCGAACCCCUUGCUGCUCUGCCUGCGGCAGACGCUCCGACUGUCACCGCCGCAGUUGCACCGCCAAAAAUCCUCCUACUCCAGUCCCCUCCAAUCAACCCGAUCAUCCUACCGAGCCCAUUCAGCACGCCACUAACAACGGCUACGACCAGCCCGCCUCACUACGAAGAACUUGCUUGGCCUGCGCAGCAAGACGGUGCAUUGGGCUACAAACAAGUCGGGCAACAAGGCCAGGGGGGUGGAUUGUUGGGGUUCAUCAUGGGAAAAUACAAGUCGGGAAGUUCUGGAGAUGCGGAGACGGUCAAGGCUCUUGAGUAUGCCUAUCAGGCGGGCAGGAUGGCGGAGAAGGGGGAGAAGGCUUAG